AUGGGCAGCGGUCCCACCGCCCAAAGGUGGGCGGCGCUCUCGCGCGACACCAACGAGACCAAGAUCCAGCUCGCCGUGAACCUCGAUGGCGGAGACUUCCCUCCAGAUACAGACGCCCGCCUGCUUGCCUCUCUUGCCGCCGCCAACGGCCACGCCAGCCAGUCUAGCAAGUCCCAGGUCAUCAGCGUCAACACCGGAAUCGGCUUCCUCGACCACAUGCUCCACGCCCUGGCCAAGCACGCCGGCUGGAGUCUCGCGCUCGCGUGUAGCGGUGACCUCCACAUCGACGACCACCACACCGCCGAAGACUGCUGUCUCGCGCUGGGGUAUGCUUUCGCGCGGGCACUGGGCAGCGCCACGGGGCUGGCGCGGUUCGGUUCGGCGUACGCGCCGCUGGACGAGGCGCUGUCGCGGGCGGUGGUGGACCUGUCGAACCGGCCGUACAGCGUCGUCGAGCUGGGGCUGCGGCGCGAGAAGAUUGGCGACCUGAGCUGCGAGAUGCUGCCCCAUUGCCUGCAGAGCUUCGCGCAGGCUGCCCGCGUCACCCUCCACGUCGACUGCCUGCGCGGCGAGAACGACCACCACCGCGCCGAGAGCGCCUUCAAGGCCCUCGCCGUCGCCAUCCGCCAGGCCACCUCCCGCAUCCCCGGUCGCGAGGGCGAGGUCCCGAGUACCAAGGGCACGCUAAGCGUGUAG